GUUGCUUGUGGGGGACGCACGUCUCCAGCUGAUCCAAAACUUUAUCGUGACUUUUCUUCGUUGUUGUAUUGCAGUGACAAAAGAACUGGUACCGAGUGGUUUUGGAACAUUUUUGCUAAAGGACUCUGUAAAGCCAGUUUAGUUAUGUAUGAUCUCACGUUAUGAAGAAGUGGAGAGAGUAGCAGUCGGCAUGGCGGGCAUGCCCGUACUGGGCAACAUUGUCGGCGCCGGGGAACUACGCGACAGCCGAGAACCAAGCAACAGGUCGUCGAGCAGCGGCUCCCGGCGCGGCUCCUCCCCCCACAGACCGCAGGAUCAUGACUGCGGAGGAGCAGACCAAAAGGCCGAUGCUGUAGCAGGUAGCAGAGCGAGGCUGAACUACGACAGCGAUGGAUACCACGAUAGCAAGGUUCCCAUUAUGGCUUCUCUGAGUGGAGGCGGGGUGGUGACCCACACGGCACCCUCGUACGAAGAGCAGCGCGCCAGCCCAGCACUACUCAGUCGCGGCACGAGUGGCAAUAGUGGGACUCCUGGAGCCCGCAGCGUGAGAGACGAUGGCUACUGCUCCGCUAGCAGUACGCCCAGGGCAUUUGAUCACAAGUCCACAAAAGGAUCCGUCGUCACAUUAUCAUGUUACAAAAAGGAGCCAAAAAUCCAAAUAGAGGAAGAAUGUUUCUACAGUGAAAACUCGAAAAGAAUCCGCGCCAAUAGCAUCAAAGCAGAACCAAAUGACGGUCGAGAGACAUGGGGCACUGGCGCGGACUUUCUCCUGUCCAUCAUUGGCUUUGCUGUAGACCUGGCGAACGUGUGGCGAUUUCCUUAUCUCUGCUACAGAAAUGGAGGAGGUGCAUUCCUUAUUCCAUACACAUUAAUGCUGGUCUUCGGCGCAGUGCCUCUAUUUUAUAUGGAAUUAAUACUCGGACAAUAUAAUCGACAAGGGCCGAUUACACUGUGGAAGAUUUGUCCUCUGUUUAAAGGUGUUGGAUUUUGUGCUGUCAUGGUCGCAUUUUACGUCUCGUUUUACUACAACGUUAUUAUCGGCUGGGCUUUCUAUUUCCUGAUGUCAUCAGCCCGCUCUGAGCUUCCGUGGGUACACUGUGACAACGCGUGGAACACGGAACAGUGUUGGGACGCCGCCUGGCUGAAUGCCACAAACAAAACCGAUGUCAAGUACCAGGGGCCUCUCUCGCAUUUCACACCUGCUUCGGAGUUCUUUCAUCGUGCUGUUCUCGAGAUGCAACAUUCAGAGGGACUGAACGACUUAGGCUUCCCCAAAUGGCAACUGGCCGUUUGCUUGGGUCUGGUCUACGUCACUCUCUAUUUGUCGCUUUUCAAAGGUGUCAAGAGUUCCGGCAAAGUAGUGUGGAUGACUGCCACCAUGCCUUACGUGGUGCUUUCUAUUUUGCUAGCAAGGGGCCUUCUGUUGCCAGGUGCAACACGAGGCAUUGCCUACUACUUGCAACCUGAGCUGACUAGAUUAAAGGACACUCAAGUAUGGGUAGACGCAGCCGUUCAAAUAUUCUAUUCUGUGGGAGCCGGCUUCGGAGUUCACCUGUCGUAUGCGAGCUACAAUACUUUUCACAAUAACUGUUACAGAGAUUGCUUAGUGACAACCCUUGUGAAUUGCUUCACGUCGUUCUUCUCUGGUUUUGUGAUCUUUACAUAUCUGGGGUUCAUGUCGUAUAAACAAGGUGUGCCGAUCUCAUCUGUUGCUACAGAAGGCCCUGGGCUAGUAUUCCAAGUGUACCCAGAAGCGGUUGCCACUUUACCAGGGGCUAGUUUAUGGUCUAUGCUGUUCUUUUUUAUGCUGAUUAUGCUCGGUUUGGAUUCUGGGAUGGGCGGUUUGGAAUGCGUGAUCACGGGUCUGCUGGACCAGGCUCGAGCCAGCGGUGCACAUUGGCUACGCCGCGAACACUUCACCCUAUUCGUUGUCUGCGUAUCCUUCUGUGUAGCUUGCAUCAACGUCACACCGGGUGGCAUCUACAUGUUCCACCUACUAGACACGUAUGCUGCUGGCAUAUCCCUGCUUUGCUCUGCACUGUUUGAAGCAGUUGCUGUAUCAUGGUUUUAUGGAUUGAAAAGGUUUUCCGACGACGUGGAAGAAAUGUUGGGAUUCAGGCCCGGAAUUUACUGGCGAAUAUGUUGGAAAUUUGUCAGCCCUACUUUCAUCAUUGGAGUGGUUGUCUUCGGUUUGCUGUACCAGCAACCUCUUCAGUACCAGCAUUACACGUACCCGCCGUGGGCCGUAGUCCUCGGCUGGGGUCUAGCCUGCUCCUCCAUACUGAUGAUACCGAUCGUCGCGAUUUACAAGAUCUUAACUACACCAGGAACUUGCCGACAGCGCAUAGCAUGCUGCAUAUCACCGGAGUCAGAGCACGAAGCGAUUCGCGGUGGCGCUCCAGUCACCCGCUUUACGUGGAGGCAUUGGCUCUACGUCUAAUAAAUAUCAUAGGAGAUUGUAGAACAUUCGUCGAACGUAAAACGUAUUGCCAAUUUUCCAUUAAAAAAUGAACCAGUUAUGCGUGUGGUAAGUCCAAAAAGUAUAUAGGACUGUGUGCUACUUAAUUUAAAAGGCACAUUUUAGUCUUGAGAAGUGGCAACACUUAAGAGCUACGAUUGGCUUCACACUAUCUGUACUUAAUCUGCGAUGUGUGAUUUCGAAGUCAACUCGUAGCUCUUUACACUGCUCCACCUCUUCUGCGAUGUGUAUUUAAGAGACUUCUUUUAUUUAUAAAAAUGGAAUAAAAACCCCUAUGUUAUUGUUGUAGGCUGGGUACUAGUGAGGGACGAUAGGUGGGAAUGAAAUAAAAUCAGUUGGCAUAUCGUAAUGCAUUCGUUAUUCAUAAUGGUUAUACCAAAUUGAAACCCAGUGAUGAUAUUAUGAGAUUUUGAUUAAUAAAUUAUAAAAUAUUAUUAAAUUAUAAUUAAUUAUGAAAUUUAAAUUAUUAUUAUUAGUAUUUUAUUUAUGAAACUGAGCAACUUUUCCGAAGGAAAAUAGUCCAAAUCGCUAUCGAUUUAGUACGAAACGUUCAAAAAUAUUAUUAGUCAAUACAAUUACGAAUUCAUACAGAUAUUGUAUUUCAUAAGAACGCUAUGAUUUUCCGUCAUCGAGCAUACAAAAAAUUAUUACAUAAUGUCAUGUCAGACAGCUAUUACAAUGAGAUUACUAUAAGAGAUUAAUUUCUACCAUAGGGCAAAUUAAAUAACUUUCCCUAAGGUGCAAAGUUAUUUUCAUGUAUACCAUCACAGAGUUUUGGUAUGGUGUAUUGAAGGUAAAUAUAAGUAUAAUAAUGUAAAUGUGAAGAAAGUAUCUAUUUUAAUAAUGUAAUUGCCUACGACAUAUUAGGUGCCUAUAUCUUGAGCUAAACUGCUUUAUUGAAAUAUUUGUUUAUGACUAUUUUAAUAGAAAUGUCAAAUCGUUAAUUAUAACUACCAAGCAUAUGAUGCUAUGCAAAAUAUUUACAAUACUUUGCGUCCUUAAAAAUGAUUACUAGUAAAAUUUAUAAAGAUUUUUUUCUAUGACUGCUGUUGUAUUGUUGGUUUAUCAAAAAAUAUUUAAAUUCAUAAAAUAUUUAGCGUAAUCGUUUCGAUCAAUAUUGUAAGUAGUAUUUAUAUGUUUAAGAGAAUAAAAUAAUAUAGUCCUAUUGUAUGUAAUAUCAUCAAUUUAAACAAAAAAUAUCUACGAAAGUUUUUAACUU